CAACACAAGCACUUCAGAGCUUUGCUCGGCUCCUUGAAGGACACACUGCAGGCUACUUUUCUCUCAAAUCUGCUUCCUUUGCCUGAGGUAAGGAGAUCUUUGUGCUUUGUUUGUUGGAUCUAGAGCCAGAAAAAGCCACAGAACGUAAUUGUGCUUGGUGGACCAUUACAUGACAUAAACAUAACACUUCAGAGCUUUGCUCGGCUCCUUGAAGGACACACUGCAGGCUACUUUCCUCUCAAAUCUGCUUCCUUUGCCUGAGACUUCCCAAGAUGGCCUCCAACACAACAGACAACCAUAAUUAUAACACCACUGACUAUGAGGAUUAUGUUAUGCCGAGUGAGAUACCCAAUGUGCAGUUUGUCUACCUGAUCCGCAUCCGCAUGCUAUACAUCGUCAUGUACCUCAUCGUUUGCACCCUCGGCAUGACUCUCAACUUUUUCGUCAUCAUCUCAGGCUGCCACUUCUACCACAAAGUUCAUAAGUCCGCAGCAAGUGUGUGGGUCCUGGCCCUAGCUGUAACCCACCUGGUCUUCUCUGCGUUCCUGGUGCUGCAGUUCCUCUAUGCCUGGUAUCACUUCAAUUGGCACUAUGGAGAGGCUCUUUGCAAGAUCUCAUCCUACAUAAUCUACGCCAGCAUGUUCUCCACAGCUGCUCUGCUCAGCCUGUGGAGCGUCAGCGGCACCAUCGGAGGUUGCUUUGAAAGCCUUCGUGCUAAAUGCAACAGUCGUGGCACGUGCCUGGUCCUGGUUCUGAGUUCCUGGACGUUUGGGGUGAUCGUCAGCAGCCCGUCUCUGCUCUCCCGAGAGCUUCGCUACACAAAGCUUGGAGAGGAGUGCAUCGAUGACUACGAUUUGAAUAAAGAGAGGACAACAGACUAUGGCAAGAAAAACUUCACCGCUGUUGUUCUCAGCAGGUUCCUGCUGGGGAUUUUGGUUCCAGUGUUCAUGAUGACCAUCAGUGCCUGUCUGGCACGACGGCAGGGUUGUAAUCCAAAUCAGAGCCUCAAGAGGGUCACCUGUGCAAUAAAGGUGGCUUACUUUGUCUGCUGGACGCCCCUGCUUGUUCUGGGGCUCCUUCAAAUUACAGAAAAAAAACAUGAGUUUUUCAAAUAUCAAUUACCAGCAGCGACCGUGUUGGCUGCAGCUCAUUCUGUCAUCAACCCAGUGAUCUAUCUGUUGGUGGGACGCAAAAUGAACAUGCAGUGGAUGUUCCAAGGGGUUGGCCGAGGACCCUUUGCUCCAGUGGAAGGAAAUCCAGACCAAGACAUUUUGGACAAUCAUAUGCUUCAAACUUUGUAACAGUUUGAUAAAUAACCUUUUCUGUUCCGGCAUGAUUGAGCCCCAGCACACAAAGCAAGGUAUAUAUAUAUAUACAUAUAUAUAUAUAUAUAUAGGUCUCCUUGACCUGCAUAUGUACAGAUAUUUAGACGACUAAUAUGUACAUCACACUGGCUGUUUUUUUUACUAUUAUUUUUUUAUUUUCUAUUUGACUUUUCUCUUAGUUUAAUACUUGUUAAUUGUCUGUGUGCUGGCUGGUCUGUUAGCAAUCACUAACACAAAUUCCUUGUAUUUGUAACAUACUUGGUGAAAUAAAGUGAUUCUGAUUCUAAGUAACAUU